AAAAUAAAUGCUAAUAAUCAAAAUUGAAAACACAACGUAAAAGAGAACUGUAAAAUGUUUUUACAUUUUAUAUGUUAUGUUAUGUUAAUUAAAGAAAAUAGAUCAGUUUGCUUGACAGCAAUGGCGGAUUGAAUUCUUUUUGAUGAGAUGAUAGAAAAAUAAUGCAAUAAUAAACUGCCUUGAUAAUUGAUACACGAUUAAACUUGUAUUAUUUAUUAUCAUGGUGAAAUAUUUCUACAAAAAAUAUCAGUUUCCUGGACAAGAAUGACGGAGGAAAGAGCAUCGCAGCAUUGAGUUUUUAAAUGGAAAUUAAUAGUCAUAUUUAAGAUCAAGAAAUUAACAUAAUUAGAAAGUGGCUGGGCAGUCAAUUGUUAAAGAAGAACGCCCAAAAAGUCGCUGAAAUUCGAACCCAAGAAACUUCACAACAAAUAGAGCAGUUAGCUGGACAGGAAUGGCGGACAAAAGUGCGGCGCAGGACUACGCGCAGAUAUUAAAGAGCGCAGAUUUAUCCAAAGAGAUAAAUCCGCUUAUCGACCAUAUAGAUGACAUGUUGAUGUCGCGUUUGGAGGAAUUCGAAACGCUGCUGGCCAAUGUGCGCGCCGAGUCCAAUGGCAUUAUGGGGAAUCACGUUAGCAACAUAAUUAGUUUUAGUGACGAUUUCGCAGAGCUGCGCACCCGAAUUGACAAUUUGGAGGAAUUUGUGGGCGUGGUCAACGCCAAUCUGAAUGAGGUGGAACGUUCAGUGGAUGUGGCUGAACAGGAGCUAAGUGUCACGGAUUAUAGUCUAAGGGGUCUGCUGCUGAAGCCCCUGAAGGCCAAACUAAGUCCCACCGACGCCUCAGAUCAGACACCUAAGAGUAAUCUGAGCGCUGAAGGCGAUUUCCAACCGGUUCCGAUCUUCAAGAGCGACAAUUACUUUGGGCCCGCCAAAGACAACUUCGAGACGUCAUCGUAGCGAGCGCUAAUUUUUCAGUAAGCAAAUAUUUUUUAGUGAGUAGCUAACAAAAAUCACUUUUUGUAAACCGCAGCUUUUUUCUGUAAAUAUUAUUGUUUGUUUUUA